AGGAUCUGUCCCUUCUCUGUCUUUCAUCUGAUCCCUGUUGCAAAAAGAAGAAAAAAUGCUUCUCCCCAGAAAUUUCCCUCUGCUCCUCUGUCUAAGCAUUGUGAAUGGAUUCCUUCCCAAUCAUGAAUCGGGUGGGAUUGCAAGUGAUUUUACGGAUGCUGAUAUUACAGAGAUGGGGGUGCUUCGGGCCGUGGCAUCGUACAUGGAGAAGAACCCUCUGCCCGGAAAACCAGCCACAACCCCAGGGAUGCUGGAAAACAUGAAGCCACUGACUGCCAGUGGGCUCUUCAAGGCCUAUUUCCAAGCUGAUGUCUCUCCCAGUCGUUUCACGAAAGCCCUUCAAGAAAUUAUCAAUGGGAAUAAUCUUGUGGAGACCCGCCACAGAGAGGACAGUGACUUCUUCUUCUACUGUGAAGAGAUCCCAAAAAGUAUCACCCAACUUCGAAUCCAGAGGGACUCCAUGCUGUCUAGUCUGAAAGGUUCUCCAACUUUGUCUGCUUUGCAAUCAGCUCGCGAGAGUGCUGGGAAAGCCCUCCAUAUCCUCCAGAAAUUCUACAGCAACACCAACUGGGUUGAAAUGGGAAACAGCAAGCCUUAUGAAUACCUGUUAAAUGAAGCCAGUCCGGCCUUUCCAGUUACUCCAAAAACCACGCAAACAUGUGUCGACUGUAUCAAAGAACCAGGUGGCGGAUAUUCAUGUGAUCAAAACCUGAUAGUGAAAGACAUGCUCACAAGUGGCUUCUUCACAUCAAGAACAUGCAGGAAGAAAUUAACAGACAAAUGUGGACAUGGUGGGAGAAAUGAUGCGACCCAGGAUUUUGCUAUGACGGGUGGUAUCAACAAAGAGACUUCAGACCCCAAAUUUUCUCCACACUAUCAGUUACACAAGCAAGCUGCUGAACUGGCCAUACAAGCCACAAGAGACUUCUUUGUGGGAGAAGGAUACGGACUUCUAAACCAGGUUGGCAUUGAGACUUUCAAGAAGUUUUUCAACUUGGAAGGUUAUUCCGUCACCUUUGUAAUAGACACAACCGGCAGUAUGUCAGAUGACAUCGAACAGGUCAAAACUGAGUGCAUUAAAAAGCUUCGAGAGUAUUCUACCUCUUCUGAUGCACCCUUUAACUACAUCCUCGUGCCCUUCAAUGACCCAGUCGUUGGACCAGUCAUGAAGACCGAUAAAGUGGAUGUGUUUUCAUCCUACAUCUCUAACCUCAAAGUUCAUGGGGGUGGUGAUUGCCCAGAGAUGUCAUUAGGUGGUUUGAAACUAGCACUACAAGAGAGCUUGCCAAGGUCAAAAAUCUUCUCCUUUACUGAUGCUGGGGCGAAAGAUGCAUCACUGAAGGAUGAAAUCAAAGUCCUGGGGGAUUCGACUGGAUCUACAGUGAGCUAUCUCCUCACCGGAUACUGUUCCAGCCGCAAACGGAGAAGUAUUGCUGCCAGAACUUACAGUAAUAUCUACGAAGAGCUAGCUGCUUAUACUGGUGGCUACUAUGCAAUAACCACGAAAAAACAGCUCUCGCAGAUCCUAGGUGUAAUGGAGCUCUCCCUAAAUGCUGCCCCAGUGAAAAUUGUUCACAGUCUCAUAACUGGGACGCAGCUCUCCUUCCCUGUCGAUGAGACCAUCACAGAAAUCACUGUCUCCGUCAAGAGCUCAAGCUCCUCUGCAUUCAGCAUCACUGUGUUGAAGCCUUCAGGUGCCACAUCACCCUCCAGUGUUAUAAUCAACACAGCCAACCACAAGAUUGUGAAGAUAUCUCCUAUCAAUGACAGGGGUUCUUGGACUGUGAGGGUCUCUCCCAGUGGCUCCUAUGAGGUGGAAAUUGGGGGCAAGAGCUUGCUGGACUUUUCCUACCAGAUUAUGCAAAAGCAGAAAGAGUAUGUGCUCCCUAUCCAAGGACGACCUGUGAGAGGUGCAAACUACACAUUCUCCAUGAAGGUGAUGGGAGAUGCUAAAGGUGCCAAGGUCCACCGCCUGGCCUACAUUAAUGGUCAAGGGAGCCCCAUAGGCUCUGUGGCUUUGACCCAAACCUCUGAUGCCUUUGGCAACAUCUUGGCUGUUGCCCCAAUUAUCUUGAAUGCUCCGACUACCCUCCUGAUCAUAGAAGGCCUCUCUCCAGGCGGGCUUCCUUAUUCACGAGUGAGCGCUGAACCCAUCAACACAGAGUCAGUCCAGAUCUUGCCCUUGCCAGGUCAAAAUGGGACGCUGUCAUCUGGAGAGACCUUGGAGCUCUCUGUCGUGGUGGUGAAUGAUGGGCCAGCGGCUUCAUUCUCUUUCAAUGUCUUGGAUGACCUGGGUUUCCUAAAAAGCUUCAAACCAGCAUCAAGCUCUUUGGCUAAAUGGCAAAACAUCACACUCACUGCAACUUUCAUGGCAUCUGGAAAAGUCAAUGGCUUUGCUUCCAGCAUUGCAACGUUCACUGCAAAGAGCUCAACAGCCCAGAACUACCUGAAGCUGCCCAUCACAGUCAUUCCUGAGACAGCCCUGGAAACAGACGAGACUCCUCCGGUCUACAAGCUGCUAGACUUCUACAUGCCUUGCACUCGCAAACUCCAGCAAAAGCCCGUCUGUUCUGGACACAGUUGGCGCAUGAGGUUUUCUGCUAUGGACACUGAGAGUGCCGUCACUGUCCGAGUCAAUGCAAACCCCACCGGUCUGUCAUGCAGCCCCCAAGGAACCGACGGCAAAGAUGUUAUCUGCCACUAUCAGUCAGACUGCUGUUCUCCAUAUGCAGAAGUCCAGAUGAGUGAUGAAAAUGGAAACACGGAGACUCUCAAAAUAGACUACCGGCGCUGACGUUCCUCAGCAGCCUAAUGGG